GAGGGAGAAAGAGAAGGGAGUCCAAGGGAGGGGAAGAGAAAGCAGGCAGGGCAUCCCCAGGGAGGGACGGGGGAGGGGACCAGCUAGGGAAACAGAAAAAGGGUGAACGAGGGAAGGAGGAAGGAGAGGAGUAAGGAGGGAGAGGCUCUCAGGGAAAAAAAAGUAAGGGGCAGAUUGGCUUCGGGAAGCCAAGCGGCUGCUGGUGUCCAAUGCCAAGUGUUGCCAAGGGGUGCUAAGUGGGUACAGCCAAGCGGAGCGGCUCUUGUGGUCUCUUCCCAGCAAUCAGGAUGAUGAAGAGGCAGUUCAAUAGGAUGCGGCAGCAGCUGUCCCAUCCCAACAUCACCAGCCGAGCCCAAGAAGCAACCGAGCUCCUGCCGGAAGAUUUGCUGCAGAUCGAGCAGAGGAUCGAGCCAGCGAAGCGAGCAGCUCACAGUGUGUCCAAGAGGCUCCAAGCCUGCCUGCAGGGGCAAUGUGGCUCCGAGAUGGACAAGCGAGUGAAGAAGCUGCCCUUGAUGGCUCUGUCCACGACGAUGGCUGAGAGCUUCAAAGAACUGGACACAGAGUCCAGCCUCGGAAAAGCCCUGGAGAUGGGCUGCUGCAUACAAAGCUUGCUGGCCAAAAUCCUAGCUGAGUUUGAGAUCACCCUGGAGCGCGAUGUCCUGCAGCCACUCAAUAAACUCAGCGAGGAGGAGCUUCCCAUCAUCCUGAAGCGCAAGAAGACCCUUCAGAAGUUGAUCUCUGACUGGAACAACAUCAAGAGCCGGCUGAACCAAGCUGCCAAGAGCUCCAGUAACAAUUCUGGUGCUGGCGCUGGCCCCGGAGCUUCUUCUGCUGCCAACAAACUGGAGAUCUUGAAGGAAGAGGAGGAAGAGGUGAAGAGGAAGGUGGAGCAGUGCAAGGAUGAGUACAUGGCUGACCUCUACCACUUCUCCACCAAAGAGGACAGCUACGCCAGCUACUUCAUCAGACUUUUGGAAAUCCAAGCCCAGUACCACCGGCAGUCCCUGGGAUCGCUGGACUCGGCUCUGGCGGAGCUGAAGGAAAGCCACAGCCAGACAGACCCCACCUUUGCAGCAGAGACCCCAGUGGCAGGGUACUAUGGUGUGCCCCUAGAGAUGCACCUCAAGAGCUUGGGCCGGGAGAUUGCACUGCCCAUUGAAGCCUGUGUCAUGAUGCUAUUGGCCUCCGGCAUGAGGGAGGAGGGACUCUUCCGGCUAGCAGCAGGCGCCUCCGUGCUGAGGAAGCUGAAGAGCAGCUUGGCCAGCGGCUCCAACGCCCUGGAGGAGUUUUACUCGGACCCCCAUGCUGUGGCCGGUGCACUGAAAUCCUACCUGAGGGAGCUGCCCCAGCCUUUGAUGACCUUCGAGCUCUACAACGAAUGGGUCAACGUGGCCAGUUUAAAGGAUGUUGAUGGCCGUGUACAGAGCCUGAAAGAUACCUGCAGCCGCCUGCCCCGGGAGAGCUACAACAAUCUGAGGUAUUUGAUCAAAUUUUUAGCCAAGCUGGCCGAACACCAGGAGCUGAAUAAAAUGACCCCCAGCAACAUUGCCAUUGUGCUGGGCCCCAACCUGCUGUGGACGCAGCAGAGCACAGGAGAUGCUGUGCAACUGGACUUGGCCUCCGUCUCCUCCAUCCAGGUGGUGGGCGUGGUGGAAGCCCUCAUCCAGAACGCGGACACUCUCUUCCCUGGAGAGGUAGAUUUCAACGUCUCGGGCAUGUUCACACCACCCACAAGCAGCGAACUUGGCAAAGCCACCCCAGUGGAAGAGCCAUCACCUCUGGCCAGCACCCCAACUCUCCCAGAUGGAGAGGCUACCUCGAGGGACCCUGAGGCCAGGUCCCAGCCAGCACACCCAUCAGUGACCAGACCGUCUCCUGAAGCCACGGGGCCACCCACUCUGCAGACAACUGACGACACCACCCGCAAAGGCAAGCGCCCAGCUCCAGCCCGACCCAUGAUGCCGCCACCGCCUGUGGCCCAGCCCCGGAGCACGGCUCCUGCCCCGGCAGCCCCCGAGCAUGCAGCCAGCCCCAAAGCCCGGCCACGGCGGAUGGCCGGGGUGCCCAGCCGAGCCCCCUCCGUCCCGCCGCCACUCCCCCCGCAGCCAGCACCCCGCCACAUCCAAGAUGCCCCGUUGUCCCCAAGGCCUCCCGCCGGUGAGGGUGACACGGACUGUGCCCCUGGAGCCGUGGAUGAGGGGCAGCCAUUGCCUGCGGAAAGAAGGAGCCCCCUGGCCACAUCGCCGCCUGCAGGACAGCCCACGGAGAACUGAGCAGGGUGGGGAGACGUCGGGACACCUCGGGGCCGUGGAGAUGGAGUCCGGUGUCCCUCGGGGACCCAGCAGGCACUGUGGAAACACCCGGGUAUCCUGACGGACAGCACCCCCCUCCAGCUCCUCCAUCCUGCUCCCUUGGUUCAUGCCAUUGGGGACACCCCGCCCGCCUCCCCUUGCUCUCCCAUCUCCACAGAGCCUUCCCCCUGCAGCACCCUGUCCCUGCCAGGGAGCCGCGUUGGGCUCCAGGCCCUGCCACCCCUAAGGGAUCCAGCUCCCCACCGAGGAUCCCCCGAUCCCAGGUGAGCCACCCGCCUCGGGUCCCCGCAGGGGUCCCCCUGUUCCCCAGGGGCGGGAGGGGGUGAGGCUCACAGGCACUGCCUAAAGUUAUUGGGCCAGCGUGGGGCCAUUUGCGGGCACCCAGCUGCGAUCCCAGCCCCUUGUGCCCCAUUUUGCCUUACAACGCAUUGCCCCAGGUACACAAGGACAGACAGAGAGAUAUAUAUUGCAACUAAAUUAUUUAAAGA